GGAGCCGGAGCCGAGCGGCAGCGGAGACAGCGGAGCCGGCGCGCAGCGGCAGGUGCCGGGGAACCCUGACGCCCAGCUGAGCGAGAUGCCGCCGGAACCCCCGGGGGCGGCCUGGUUCCUGGAGACGCCGCGUCCGCCGCACAGAAGCUCUUAGGGAGCCCCCAGGCACGCUCUCGGGGCGCCCGCGGGCAGGGGCGCGGGGCUGGGCGGCCGGGGCGCCGCCGCUAUGGACCGUGAGCUGGCCCGGCCCGCGAGCUCGCCGCCCCCCCGCGCCCGCGGCCAUGGCCGGCUCGGGGCCCCUGGCCGUGUACAUCGUGGUGGAGCUGGCCAUCGCCGUGCUGGCCGUGCUGGGCAACGUGCUGGUGUGCUGGGCCGUGUGGCUCAACAGCAACCUGCAGAGCGUCACCAACUUCUUCGUGGUGUCGCUGGCGGCGGCCGACAUCGCCGUGGGCGUCCUGGCCAUCCCCUUCGCCAUCACCAUCAGCAUCGGCUUCUGCGCCGCCUGCCACAGCUGCCUCUUCCUGGCCUGCUUCGUGCUGGUGCUCACCCAGAGCUCCAUCUUCAGCCUCCUGGCCAUCGCCAUUGACCGCUACAUCGCCAUCCGCAUCCCCCUCCGGUACAACGGCCUGGUGACGGGCGCCAGGGCCAAGGGCAUCAUCGCCGUGUGCUGGGUGCUGUCCUUUGCCAUCGGCCUGACGCCCAUGCUGGGCUGGAACAGCUGCGGCGGGCCGCGGGAGGAGCGCAACGGCUCGCGGGACUGCGGGGAGGGCCGGGUGGCCUGCCUCUUCGAGGACGUGGUGCCCAUGAACUACAUGGUCUACUACAACUUCUUCGCCUGCGUCCUGGGGCCGCUGCUGCUCAUGCUGGGCAUCUACCUGCGCAUCUUCCUGGCCGCCCGGCGGCAGCUGAAGCGGAUGGACGGCCAGCCGCUGCCCGGCGAGCGCGCGCGCUCCACGCUGCAGAAGGAGGUGCACGCCGCCAAGUCGCUGGCCAUCAUCGUGGGGCUCUUCGCCCUGUGCUGGCUGCCGCUGCACAUCAUCAACGGCUUCACCUUCUUCUGCCCGCGGUGCGGGCACGCGCCGCCCUGGCUCAUGUACCUGGCCAUCAUCCUGUCCCACUCCAACUCCGUGGUGAACCCCUUCAUCUACGCCUACCGCAUCCGCGAGUUCCGCCAGACCUUCCGCAGGAUCCUCCGCAGCCACGUCCUGCGGCGGCGGGAGGCCUUCAAGGCGGGCGGCGCCAGCGCCCGGGCCGGGGCGGCUCCGGGCGGCGGCGACGGGGAGCAGAUCAGCCUCCGGCUCAACGGCCACCCCCCUGGGUGGUUGGCCAACGGGAGCGCCCCCCGCCCGGAGCGGCGGCCCAACGGCUACGCCCUGGGGCUGGUGAGCGGACGGGGUGCCCGCGGGCUUCCUGGGGACACGGGCCUCCCCGACGUGGAGCUCCUCGGCCACGAGCUCGGGGGGCCGUGCCCGGACUCCCCCGGCCUCGCGGGCCCCCUGGCCCAGGACGGAGCAGGCGUGUCCUGAUGAGCCACCUCCCCUCCCCGGGAAGGGACUCUUGCUCUUCCUGGUCGGGGAGCCAGGCCGGUCGGUGGGGGAAGGGCGACUGCGCCGAGACCUUCCCUUCCCGGCUGGUUCCCACGCGGCCCAGGAGGGAGCCCGGCUGGAGCAGCGCGAGGGGCUUGGAGCCCGAGAGCGGCGUGUCACGCGGGACACUGUGCGGCCAGGAGCGCAGCAUCGGAGCAGCUUGGCUGGGCAGGGUCCGGCCCCCACUCCGGAAGCAUCCAGAAGGGCCACCUUGUCUCUGCAGAGCAGGCCGCUGGCCCCGAGGCUGGGGCGUGGCUCCUCGGGGCCCUGCCUCCCCACCCCCGAGACUGCCCCAGGGUUUGGGAGCUGCUGCGCCUGCAAGUGGCGUUUGACUCUGUUUUCCAGGAGAAAAUGUGAGCGUGAAGAUGCCCUUUUUAUUUUAUUACUGUCCCUCCCUGUCGCCAGUCCUGCUGGUCAGCGGGAGUCGGCCUGGGAGCCCCGGGCGGCCCUCUCCCCGCGGUGGCCCAGAGCCAUGUCCCGGGGGGACGAAGCUGGGUCGAGGAUGGGGCUUGCGAUGGAGCGGAAGGGGCUGGGGAGGUGCGGG